AUGACAUCCAACGUCUCCCUCUUCUCCAUCAACGCCAUCCUCAUCCUCGACAACGACUCCCACCGCAUCCUCACCAAGUACUACCAACCACCUCACCCCUACCCGCACAACCAGUACGCAAACGCCUACCCGACAAUCAAGGAGCAGCGUGCUUUCGAAAAGGGCCUCUUUGAGAAAACCCACAAGCAAGGCACAGACAUCAUCCUCUUCGACAACCACGUCGUCGUCUACAAGGAGAUCGUCGACGUAAUCAUCUACGUCGUCGGCGGCCUCAACGAAAACGAGACAAUGCUCUACCAGGUCGUCCUCGCCCUGCGCGACUCGCUCGAGAUCUUGCUCAAGCACUCCAUGGACAAGCGCACAAUCAUCGACAACUACGACCUCGUCUCGCUUGCCGUGGACGAAACCGUCGACGACGGGAUCAUCCUCGAAACCGAUCCCAUCGUCAUCUCCACCAGAGUCUCCAGACCCCCUACAAACGAUGCCACCAUCAACCUCGAUCUCAGCGAACAGGGUCUCAUGAACGCGUACCAGCUCGCCCGAGCAAAGCUCACAGAGCGGUUAAAACAGGCUCUGUAA